UUUCAUGUCUGGACUCUGCAUACUCCUUUUGUAGGUAGCUUGUAUUGUUAGUACCUACUGCUCCCCUUUCACUUCCGUCCCGAAACCCUCCUCGUUCACAAAGGCAGCUUUCAACCCUAUCGCCUACUUAAUGAAGAAUCUUGAGAAUAAGAUCUGCGUCUUUUCCAAAGUUCAGCUACGAGGCUAACGUCGCAUAUUCUUUAUAUAUAUAACUGUAAGCAUGGCCUCAAGGAGAUCUCGGACGAAAAAGACUACGCUCCUUUCACAUACUCGACCGCCAACAGUCAGAGCCAAACAUGCAGCCCUAUCGUCCAAAGCCACACGCAAUCUUAUUCGCGGCCAUCAUCGACUUCUCAAAAACCGGGCACAGGCUCUAAAGGCCAACGAUAAUAUUCUAAUCGAAAGGAUCGAUGCCCAAAUUCGAGAGAAUGGCGGCUUAGAAGGCUAUCAACUUGCUAGCAGACUCGGACAGUCGCUAGAACGUGGUGGAGACUCAAGUAAAGUUUUAGUCGACUGGCUAAGUCCACAAUUAUCGCGGUUACAAGAUAAGGCGUCUAAGCUUAGGGUGCUCGAAGUUGGUGCUCUCAGUACCAAAAACGCUUGCUCUAUGAACCACUCCCUAGAUGUCACCAGGAUCGAUUUGAAUUCCCAGGAGCCUGGGAUAUUAAGACAAGAUUUUAUGGAAAUGUCACUCCCUCGUGACGCUGCCGAUCAGUUUCACAUUAUUAGCCUAUCUCUGGUUCUCAAUUAUGUCCCAGAUGCCAUUGGCAGGGGGGAAAUGUUGAAGCGAUGCGUUGCCUUCCUGAGAAAGUCACCCCUGUCUGGGUCAUCCUUCCACAUCACACCUAAGUUGUUUCUAGUCUUACCUGUGGCCUGCGUCAAAAACUCGCGAUACCUCACAGAAUGCAGACUGCGGGACAUAAUGUCUAGCAUGGGGUUUGUUUUGGAAAAGAGCAAGGAGACUUCGAAGUUGAUAUUCCAGCUCUGGGAACACAGCCAUGACUUCCAUCCCGUGUCGUUCAAGAAAGAGGUUUUGAGGCCUGGCAAAAUGAAAAACAAUUUCGCCAUUGUCGUCAAACGAUGAAAAAGGGAUGCACAACGACCGCAAGGCUGACUGAGAGGCUCUACUGUACAGAAAUCAUAUUUUCCGGCAAGAACGCCCACGCGGUUCCAACAAUUGCCAAUGCUGUUGAUAUGAGUAAAAGAAACCAGUCUAGGAUCCACUCUCGUCGACUGAUUUCUUGUCCGAAUAUUUUCAAAUAAAAUGCAAGUGGCAGGACGAUGCAGAUGGUAAAGCACAAAGCAGAGCCCAUCAGCGCCAUGAUUCGGUCAAAGGAUGGGCAGAGGAUUGCCAUUAG